CCUGUAGUUCCCAGCGUAAGCGAGCGUGUCGCGCAUGCGUAAAUCCCCGGCUUCCUCAGCGCGCGUGCGCAGCGCAGCGCCUCCCCCUCCCCUCGUUGCUGCCGCUGCUGCUGCAGCUGCUGUUGACUGACGGCCCGCGGUAGCGCUUCAGAGUUACUGGUUCGUUCUUGAGACUUAUCUACUCUAAGCCAUCCUCAUGGAUGAACUUCAGGAUGUUCAACUCACAGAGAUCAAACCACUUCUAAAUGAUAAGAAUGGCACACGAAACUUCCAGGACUUUGACUGCCAGGAACAUGACAUCGAAACACCCCAUGGUGUGGUCCACGUCACCAUAAGAGGCUUACCAAAAGGAAACAGACCAGUUAUCCUGACAUACCAUGACAUUGGACUCAACCAUAAAUCCUGUUUCAAUACCUUCUUCAACUUCGAGGAUAUGCAGGAGAUCACCCAGCACUUUGCUGUCUGCCAUGUGGACGCCCCAGGCCAGCAAGAAGGGGCACCUUCCUUCCCAACAGGGUAUCAGUACCCCACCAUGGACGAGCUAGCUGAAAUGCUGCCCCCUGUUCUUACACACUUAAGUCUGAAGGGCAUCAUUGGUAUUGGAGUUGGAGCAGGAGCCUACAUCCUCAGCCGAUUCGCGCUCAAUCAUCCAGAGCUGGUAGAAGGUCUUGUGCUCAUUAACGUUGACCCGUGUGCUAAAGGCUGGAUUGAUUGGGCAGCUUCCAAAGUAAGUACUGAGGAACUGCAGGCCAAUUUGGACCUCAUUCAAACCUACAGACUGCACAUUGCCCAAGACAUCAACCAAGAAAAUCUCCAGCUCUUCCUCGGUUCCUAUAAUGGACGCAGAGACCUGGAGAUUGAAAGACCUAUACUGGGCCAAAAUGAUAACAGGCUGAAAACACUGAAGUGUUCUACUUUACUGGUGGUGGGGGACAAUUCACCUGCUGUGGAGGCUGUGGUUGAAUGUAAUUCUCGCCUCGACCCUAUAAAUACAACUUUGCUAAAGAUGGCAGACUGUGGAGGACUGCCCCAAGUAGUUCAGCCUGGGAAGCUCACGGAGGCCUUCAAGUACUUUUUGCAGGGAAUGGGCUACAUCCCGUAUGUGCAGCUCAGUCACCUCAGCAGCGAGUCAGUACCGUCUGCCAGCAUGACCCGGCUCGCCCGAUCACGAACCCACUCCACCUCGAGUAGCAUUGGCUCUGGAGAAAGUCCCUUUAGCAGGUCUGUGACCAGCAAUCAGUCAGAUGGAACUCAAGAAUCCUGUGAGUCCCCUGAUGUCCUGGACAGACACCAGACCAUGGAGGUGUCUUGCUAAGCAGAUGCUACUCCCUGGACCAUGCAAGUCCCUCCUCCUUGAAAUGACCACUCCAUAAUAGAACAUCUCAUCCUGUCAGCGGCCUCCACUGUCUUUCACUCAUGCAUGGCCACAGAACCUUUCUCUAAUAGCCUGGACUUCCCAUUCUCUCCACACCCCUUUUUGUAUAUACCAAGAACCACACCAUGCCAUUACUGUAACAUUCCAACAUCUUGAUCCGAUCUGAUCUCCAUAUCUUCUCUCGCCAGCCUUUCCCUAUGCUCCCUCAAAUAUGUACCUGACGAGAUUCUUUGAUUCCCAACUCCAUGUGUGUGCGAGCACGCGUGUCUGUGUCUGUGUGUGCAUAGUUCUGCGAUUUUAGACAUGCUUUCUUGUAGCGCUUCUGCAAAGGGACUUUUUUGCAUUCUCAGUGGCGUUUUAAAGGGAAAUAUGCAGAGCAGAUAUCUGGAUGGCUUGGACCACAAGAUUGGAUUUUGGUUCCACUUGGACAAUAUUUGCAGUGAUUUCAGGAGAGAGCAGAUCUGAGGGAUGUGGGGACUGUAGUUACUGUGUGGACCAUUGAUUAGCUGUGACCAGUAAGAGUCACCCGUUACACAGACAGGCAAGGUGGCAGUCACCUUCCUUGUCCAAGUGGAUUCAUGCAUACCAUUGUAUAAGUCAGAAGGAGGGAUCUGAAACCUAAAAUGAUGUCUGUACACCAUGGAGUUUUCUCCAAAGAAUUGGCCUAAGCUCCAGAUUAGCCAAGGAAGACAGAAAACAAAAUGCCAGGCUCCACUCUGCAGACAGAAGUGCUGUCCCUGUACAUCUGAUACCACUUCCCAGACACCCACACUCUGCAGGAAGUGCCUCCCAGGUCUGGAUGGAGAGUGGUUCUCCAUCCCUCUGUCCCAUAGAAGGGGACAGUAUGAUUUAAAAUGCCAUCGAUGGUGAGGGUCUUAAUGGGGUAGAGGAGGAAUCAUUAACACAUCACCAUGAUAAGUAAGUGUAGUCUAGGUUUCAGCAAACAUUAAUGGGCACCAAGUCACAUUGAAGUGGAGCCCAUUUCUGGGAAAGUUUUAAGCGUGAAGUGUCCCUUUAUAGGAGGGAAGGGGACAAUCUCAGGGCAGCCCUGUCCAGGUUGUCGGUGAGGGAUCAUACCAGCCAGGGAGACCCUCUGGGAGGAAGCUGCCACACAGCAAGGACUCUUCUCUUGGAAGUAUCCAGAUGUGAGCCCAGCCAAGGUCAUGUGGUUCCAAAUCUGAGGAAGAGGUUUUCACACACGCCUUGCUUUCUGCUAAGAUAAGGAAGGUGUCACUCUGCCAGAGUGUGACUUUUUACAGAUUAAAUAAAGCUGUAUAUGUCUCAUUGUU